AUGGCAGAUCAGCAUGGUAUUGGGAACCAGUCUUUGAGGCCUAGGAACAGGAGGCCUAGCUCGUUACUCGAUUGGGAUGCGAUCGCUGCGGAGAAAUGUGUGUCCUUUAAAAGAUCAUUGGGUCAAUUAUCAGCAAUAGUGUUGAGGAAGGUUGGUAAAUUGGAGGGAGGGCUCACAGAAAUGUCCGUAGAGGAAAUUGAGGAUGCUGAGGAGGACAUCUGUUCAUCGUCGGAGAAAUACAGGAAACAGCUGGAUAAUUUUAGUGCUGUGGCGUUACAGCCCGAGGCACGCGUCGCAUGGGACAGAUAUUAUGAAAUAGGACGACAGGUAAAGCCUAUUUUGGAAGUGGCAAGGAAUCAAAUUAGUUACCUGGCUCAAAUGCAGGGCAUGGAUAGUUCUAACGUCGCUAAUGGGAUGGCGCCACUGUCGGAUGAUACUCAUAGCAGUGGAGUUUUGCAUAAAGCUCAGAAUUGUGAAUCUCAGGGGACCACUGCUCAGAAACAGGAUAGAUGUAAUUUAGAAAAUGAGAUUCACGUUAUGGAAGAGGAAUGCAAGAAGCUGGGAUUACUUUUGGAGUAUGAGAUGGGAAAACGCCAGGCUGGUAUAAAGGGAGCACAGCAGUCUGUUAUAACCAAGGAGAUUGGUGAUAAUAUACAUGUAGCAAACAGCAGAGUACCGGUACGCAAAAUUGCACGGCACACAGUGCAUAGUCAAAAUGAAGUAAGCCCUGGGAUGGGGCUCAACCCGGAUGCAGUGAGGUUCACACCCAUGGGAUCAGGAGCUAUUGGCAAUUCGCCAGGAGUGAUUAGAUUAAAGCCUGAACCGGGAGUCAGUGGUAGGCCUAUAGAUAAGGAAAGCGACACUAAAAAAUGUUACGACCAGUCAAGGCCAAUGAUACAGGAGGAAACCUACACAGGAUUGUAUCAGGAUAUAAACCAUCAGAAUUACGAAUCCGUUCAGUAUUUACUGGACUGCGCGAGCCAAGCACAGUACUCAGGCCGGGUAAAUGGUGAAGGCAGAUUUCAAAGGGGAAAUCAAGUUCACAGUGCAGGUCUUAGCUACACAGAUCGAGGUGACUAUAUGGAUCAUGGACAUAGGAGCAGUGCCGUACAUCAGGACCUAUGCUACAGAGAUCGGAUGGCAAGAGACAUUUGUAAUACCGGUAUUAAGCCAAUGUGUGCAUACACUAGUUCCAUGACAAACUAUCAGCCCCAAGCCGAAAUGGAAGUUAGUCAAAUCCCUUCAAAUGUUGUGCAUCAUAGCAGUGAUGAUAGCAGGCAACACUAUCAUGGCAGGGGGCAAGAGCAUUUUCCAGCUGCAGGGACACAAGUUGAUUACCAUCAAGGAAGAGCAGGGGCGGGUCAAAUGCCUCGAAACUCAUAUCAAGUACAACCGGGUGCAGGGUCAAUGGAGCUCAACCCAGCUGGUCUUAGUCAAGUCGAUCAUCAGCUUCCUGAUGGGGGGAGGUGCCAGGGCGCAUCGAGUGACGCAACAUUAGCAUUAGUAUUGGAGAAAUUAGCGCUUCAGACUGAGUUGCCUACUCCUCCACCUAUGUCUUUUGAUGGUACUCCUUCAGAAUACACCAAGUUUCGUAGAUCCUUUGAUUUGAGAGUUGGGACUAAGCCUUUUACAGAUAGCUUCAAACUGUCACAGUUGCUGAUGCUCACAACGGGAGAUGCACAUAAGGCAAUUCUGCAUUUCGACGGGACCAAGGAUGGUUAUACUCAAGCGUUAAACGUAUUGAAAGACAGAUUUGGUAGACCAUAUCAGAUUGUGAAAUCUUGCAUCGAGAGAAUCACUAGUGGCAAGAGGAUUACCCAGCAGGAUAGCAAAGGAUUGCUUGAAUUCUCUGACCAGUUGAAUGCUGCGUAUAAGACUCUGUCGGAUCUUGAUCUGCUGAGGGAAGCCGACACUCAGGCGACGCUAAGGGCUGUGUUCGAUCGUUUGCCAGCAGGAGUACAAGCCAGAUGGGUGAAAGAGGUGUCGAGGUUAGAAGAUCAGGAUAGAUUUCCACACUUGUUUGAUAUGGUCGACUUCGUAAAGCGCCAGGCCAAGGUUGUGAACCAUGUAGUGUUUGAGGUGAAAUCAGCAUCGUAUUCUACCAGUAGUUCAUUUGCCACGAAGAAAGAUAAGUCUAAGCAGACAGCCUUAGCACCCAAUCCGCAGAUCAAGGUUACGACUCUGUCUACACAAGCUGCUAGCGAGGACAACCAGCAGAAGCAGGAUAGCACUAAGCCACAGUGCCGAUUUUGCAAAAGGGGUCAUUUCAUCGGGGACUGCUUCAAGUUCAAGAAAGAGGAUCCUCAGGCUAGGAGAAAAUUUGCACGGGCAAAUCUUUUGUGCUAUGGAUGUCUUGGAAAGCACAGGAUCAAAGACUGUAGGAGGAAGAAGCCAUGUGAGACCUGUGGUGGUGACCACCACUCACUGUUACACAAUGACAAACGCAAGGAGGGAUUGCCUGGAGGGUCUUGGUCAACACCUGCUGUGGAUAAGGACAGAGAAAGGAGUCAGACAGGUUCCACUUCCCAGACGGUUGGGGCCAUGUCAACAUCUAGGCCAGGUCAUGGGGAUGUUUUACUGAAGGUUGUGCCAGUGCGGGUGCUAGCAGAAAAUGGAAGGUCAGCCACAACAUUAGGACUGCUAGACACGGGUUCGAGCACUACACUGAUAACAAAAAAAUUGGCAAAGAUAUUGGAGUUGAAGGGGAAACAGGAAUCAAUUCUGGUGAAUACAGUUCUUGUCCAAGGACAACCCAAAGAUGUCACAGUGUGUACAUGUAGUUUACAGCCUAUUGAUAGAGACCAGCCUGUCAUCCCAGUAGCAAAGGCAUAUGUUGUUGGUGAACUGCACAUUGAUAGUCGGCAUCAUCGAGAAGCCAUGGACUUGGCUGCAUAUGAUCAUCUCAAGGGGAUUCAACCUGCUGCGAAGGUCGACAUUGAUGCAGUAUCGGUGCUCAUCGGUGAGAGUGUGCCUAUAGCACAUGCCGUAUUGGAAAGCUGCUAUGGUAAAGACCCUAACAAUCAGCCGUAUGCUGUUAGGACUCCACUUGGAUGGUGUGUGGCUGGCCCAAUACAAGAUGGUGCAACCUCAGAAGUGGAUGUCAACCACAUCGUUACACACCAAGGUGCAACUUCAGAAACCCGGAGUACAGGCGAAGAUGCCAACCUAAGAAAAGCGGUUGAGAAGUUAUGGGAAGUGGAGAAGCAUGGAUUUGAGGAUAGCAAUGUAAAGAUGAUGUCAGUUGGUGAUCGCCGUUGUUUGGCUUUGUUGGAGAAUACAACCCAUCAAACAGAAGGAGGCUACUAUGAGAGUGGACUACUCUGGAAGAGUAGCAACCCAGAGCUUCCAGAUAACAAGCUAAUGGCAGAGAAACGAUUGGCCAGCCUGAAAAGACGCUUUGACAAGGAUCCAGAGUAUGCUGUGAUGUACCAACAAGCGAUGGAUGCGAAUUUUCAAGAGGGGUAUGCAAGGGUUCUUACACCGGAGGAGGCAGAUUCUUCAAAUGGCAAAGUAUGGUAUUUGCCACACCACGGGGUGAAGAAUGUGAACAAACCCGGACGUGUAAGAGUAGUAUUUGAUGCUGCAGCUGAGUUCAAGAACACCUCACUUAACAAGGAAUUGGGGCAGGUACCCGACCUCAACAAUAAUCUUUUGGGCGUGCUCAUGAGGUUCAGGGAGCACAAGGUGGCUGUUACAGCAGACAUCAAAGCCAUGUUUUCCCAGUUUAAGGUAUCGAGAGCAGACUGUGAGGCGUUGCGGUUUCUGUGGUGGCGAGAUGGACUUGAAAGGGACCCAGCUGUUUGUCAAUUUAAGAGGCGCAUCUUUGGUGCUACAGAUAGUCCCUGUGCAUGCACGUUUGGACUGAGAAAAUGUGCUGAGGAUCAUGGCAGGAAGUACGAUCCAGGUGUAGCAGCAGCAGUAUGUCGAAGUUUCUAUGUUGAUGAUUUCCUGAAGAGUGUCGCUAAGGUCGGAGUUGCAAUCUUGCUAUCGCUAGGCCUGAUUGCACUGUUAGCUGAAGGAAGGAUGCAGUUGACAAAGUUUGUGUCAAAUUCCACUGAGGUCCUAAAAGCCUUGCCUGGAGAAGUACGUGCUACCGGAUCUGUAGACCUCGACCUGGAUACACCAACAGUAGAAAGACCACUUGGAGUCAAAUGGAACGUGGAGGAAGAUAGCAUUGGAUUACAGGUCUCGGGGCUAGAGAAAAGUGGAGUCCAGAGUAACACUAGAAGGGAGUGUCUUGCUGCAGAUAGCGCCAUCUAUGAUCCAAUGGGUAUGGUUGGACCGGUGACCCUGGUGGCCAAACGGAUCCUACAACUGAGUUGCAAGUAUGGAUGGGAUGAGCAACUUCCGGAAAAUCUGUUGGCAGCAUGGGAGACUUGGAAGAAGGAUUUGCCUGGUUUACGGAGCGUCGCUAUACCACGUUGGUAUUUCACAGCUGAGACAAAGGGCAGGAUACAGUUACAUCAUUUUUGCGAUGCAAGUGAGACCGGUUAUGGAAGUGUGGCAUACCUGAGAAAAAUAUAUGAUGACGGGAGAAUAGAGUGUGCCUUCCUGAUUGCGAAGUCGAGAACAGCUCCUGCUAAGUUUGUAUCAGUACCACGCCUUGAGCUACAGGCCGCUGUCAUUGCUGUCAGAGUGGAUGGACUGGUACGCCGCGAGUUGGAUCUAUUGGUGGAGGACACAUAUUUUUGGACGGACUCCAAAAUCACGUUGCAGUAUAUCAGGAGUGAAGAUCGCCGGUUCAAGACUUACGUUGCCAACAGGGUUGGUGAAAUUCGUGAUGGGUCAAAAAUAGAUCAGUGGCAGCACAAUCCUGGAUGCAUGAAUCCAGCAGACUUAGCAUCGAGAGGACAGUCAGUCAAGAGCUUUCUCAAAGCAAGCCACUGGUUUAGAGGACCAGAAUUUCUCUGGGGAUCAGAGGAGAACUGGCCAAAUGCAGAAGUUCCGCCACUGCCCAAUGAAGACCCUGGGAUCAAGGAAGAAAGAAUAAUUGGAGCUAUUGGUGUAGAGGAGAAGCCAGUUGUAUCAAAGCUACUGGAAAGGUAUUCGAACUGGACUCGAUUGGUGAGAGCUGUUGUCAUUUUGAGGAAGUUCUGCAGCUAUCUACGGGACAAGUCAUCAGUUGAACGGAAGAUUGUAGCAGAUGACAUGAAGGAAGCUACAUUAGUCAUUGUCAAGUCAGUUCAGAAAGCUGAGUUUCAGGAAGACAUAGAGAGUCUCGAGAAUAUUGGCCGUGUCAAGACCAAGAGCAAGCUGAAAUGUUUGAGCCCUGUACUGAUUGAUGGCCUGUUACGAGUGGGAGGACGGAUCGCCGGAGCCCCAGUGUCGUUCGAUUGUGCUUAUCCUAUGAUUUUGUCUAAGCACCAUCACGUCUCAAAUUUGCUGAUUGAGCAUUUCCACUUGGCAACCAAACAUGCUGGUCAAGAACAUGUGUUGGCAAAAAUGCGAGAGAGUUUUUGGAUUCCGCAGGCCAGGUUUGCAGUACGAAGGAUACUAAAAAAAUGCAUCGGAUGCAGGAAGAGAUUGGCUCAGAGGAUGACCCAGAGGAUGGCAAACUUGCCAGAUAUGCGAUUGAUUGCGUAUGAUCCACCCUUUACGAGGACAGGAGUUGAUUAUUAUGGGCCAAUGUUAGUUAAGCGUGGAAGAUCGACGGUCAAGAGAUGGGGAGUAUUGUUCGAGUGCAUGAACGUGAGGGCAGUACAUCUCGAAAUAGCAGAGUCAAUGGACACCAGUUCAUUUGUGAAUGCCCUGCGGAGAUUUAUUGGACGCAGAGGAUGCCCCUCAGACAUGUGGUCUGACAAUGGAACCAAUUUUGUCGGUGGAGAGAGAGAAUUGCGAGAGGCAAUGGAACAGUGGAAUCAAGGGCAGAUUGAAGCUGAGCUGAGUCAGAAAGGGAUUAGAUGGCAUUUCCAGCCACCUGGUGCACCACACAUGUCUGGAGUGUGGGAGAGACUGGUACGGUCAACAAAGCGGACUUUGAAGGCUAUCCUGGGAGAAGGCCUAGUAUCAGACGAAACUCUUCACACCGCUCAUGUUGAGGCUCAAGCCAUACUUAAUAGUAGGCCUCUCUGUAAGGCGAGCGAAGACCCUAAGGAUGAAGAAGCACUCACUCCUGGUCAUUUUCUAUUGCAGAGGAGGGCCAUUCGGCUACCGCCAGGGAAAUUUGUUGAGAACGAUCAGUAUCACAGGAGCAAAUGGAGACAUGCUCAGGUGCUCGCUGAUCAUUUCUGGAAGAGAUUCCUCAAGGAGUAUUUGACACUCUUGCAUGAAAGAACAAAGUGGCAGUUGGAGCAACGGAAUGUCAGGGUUGGAGAUUUGGUCCUCAUUUCGGAUGACGACAGGCCAAGAGGACAAUGGCCAAUGGCAAUCGUCACUCAGACAUUUCCGGGAGCUGAUGGCUGCGUGAGAGUGGUAGAAGUAAGAAAGGGAGGAGGAGCAUUGUACAAGCGCCCAGUUCACAGAUUAUGUCUCCUUGAAGAAAUCAGUAAAGUGGAAUCUUGGGAUUGUUGCUCAAGUUCCACCUUAUAUAUUUAA